AUGCAACGUUGUCCUUAUAUACACGAAAUGAAGGAACGUUUACUUAUACAACGCGGAACAGAUUCAAUGCCAAUGGAGUCAUUUAACGAACGCGACAAUUUACUCGAACACACAAGUCGACCGGGAAGCAAUCAGUUUAAUUCAGAUGGAUAUCACAUAAGCCCAACACAUCACCGAACACCCCUCGUGCCUCGUGAUCUGGGUGAAGAUUUUAGCAUUGAAUGUGAAGAAUCAGAAUGUAUGAGACCAUUGGACCCAAAGAAACCAAAGAAUGCAAAAGGUAUAAGAAGCUCUGGCAAUGGAUACUAUGAGUAUUAUGAGUUGAAAAGGAAAAGAACAUCACUAUUCAUCGUAUCGAGUUUAGUAUAUGCAUUACUACUCAUUGUCAUUUGUAUAUCAUACGUCAUCAGCGAUGUUACGACACAUCAACUUCCCAUUAUGUAUUAUGAAGGAUUCUUUACAUAUUUGUAUGGAGCGAGCAUCCUUUUCCUUCUUUAUGUAUUCUGCUUCUUGUUGCAAGAGAGCACAUGCUGUAGUGGAAGUGGCGCGAAGCAACCAAAAGCACCAAAGGAAAAGAAACCAAAAAAAGAGAAAAAGCCAAAGAAGUCCGAUUCAAAGGAUAAGCCGGAUGAGAAAGCUGAAGGUGCUGCAAAACCAGCCGAAAGUGGAAAGUCAAGUGGAAAGGAAAAGGAAAAGAGUGGAAAGCCAUCACCUUAUCAGGAGGUGUAUCCGAAAAAGAAACGCGAUGUGGUGCGAGAACGAAAUUCAUUUCAGGAGUCACAACCAGAGGCUGAAGCAGCUUUAUCACCAAAACAACGAAAACGCAAAACUACACAAGAUGCUCAUGGAAGCUUCUUCUUGCGAGUUGGUGCCAUUGCUUUUGGGUUGGGUGCGAUGAUCUACAUUGGACUAGAAUUUGGAUCAUUCUUUGAGACUCCAAUUGGCUCACCAUGUCAUGAAAUUUUAAGAGGAGUCAAUCCUCUUUUACAGAUGAUCUUUACUUUCAUGCAGAUGUACUUCAUAUUCAUGAAUUCAAGGCUAAACAUCCAUCGCUUCAAAGUCUUGGCACGAUUCGGUUUGAUGCAUGUCGUAGCCACAAACAUUUGUGUCUGGAUUCGUACAUUAGUCUUGGAAUCAUUGAAGGAACUCACAAACUAUUAUUUGGAACGCGUUCAUGAACCAGAAAAGUCACAAUUUGCUGAAGAUUUACGUCAACAUACAUUGUUACACGCUGGACAGACAUUGGGUGUUGAGUUUGGACCUGCUCCAUUGGAUGCUGAAUGGGUCAACAAACCAAGUCGAUCACUCAGUGCUCCUUCAGUUCACGCUGAAGAAUCCCAUGGUCAUUUAUUGGAUCGUCUAAUUCAAAGUACAACUGCUAAAAUUGCAACUGUUGCUUCAACAUUGGCUAGUACAACAACAUCAUCUAGUACAUCUACAUCUACAGUAACUUCGACAAGCACAACGACUUUCGCGCCAACAACAACAACAACAACAACCGAAAAGAUUACAACAACUGUUCGUGAUUAUUUGCAAGACAGCUUGAAUUCGAUUAAUGCAGGAUAUAAUGCUGCUAAGGAAGCUAUUUUUGAUACCACAACUACCACAAGUGCAACAACGCCUGCUGCAUUCUAUGAUGAAACAGUCACAUCGCCACAAAGUAGUGGAAUUUUAGACAGUGUUGUCUCAUCAGUAGCUGAAAACAUCAAGAGCUUUUCAGACUUACGACCAGAUCCAACAUCAAAUAUUGACUACAAUUUCCCACCAAUCGAAAACAUUUUACCACAUGCUGAAGCUUUUAGUCAACUCUCAACAAUUCCACCAUUCCAUGUAAAUGUAACAAGCUGCGAACGUGUUAAUAUUAUGGGAACAAUUGUUCAGGACUCAACACCAUACUUAUAUCCAUUCAUUAUUGAAUACUCAUUGAUUGGAGCAGCUGUCAUUUAUGUCAUGUGGAAGCAUAUUGGACGCUAUCCAAAAUAUACACCUGAUGAGGAUUUGGAACAUCGAUUGGAAGUCAUGUUAUCACGUCGUGCUGUUGCUUUAGCACAAGCUAGUUCUGGACGUGUUGAUUGUGUUGGAGCAUCGAAGGGACUCUUCUUUGGACUUUUGUUGCUUGUUGGAUCACUCAUCUGCUUUAUCUUGUUCUUUGUUCUGGUUCGUCAUAUUGAAUUCCAGAUAUUGGCUUAUUAUUUAGCUGAUGCUAGUCAUGCGGGUCUAAUGGGAUUCGCCAUUUUAGCUAUACUCAUUGGAUUUAUUAGAGUCCAAAGCUUAAAAUUCCGAUGCGAAGAGCAGAGCAACUUGAACGAUAUUCUCUUGAGAGUAUCUGCCUUUGGACUUUUCAUCUACAAUGUAUUCAGUGUCAUUGCCGGGGCAUUAAACGCUCAUAAGGACGACCAAAAUCUUCUUGUCACAAUAACAUCAGCUGUUGCGAUUUUCCAAGUAGUUUUACAGCUUCUUUUCAUUGCUGAUGUCUCAAGACGUCGAGUACAUUUACCAGAACAUGAUAGAACAAAGCCUGGUCGACAAAUUGUAACAUUCUUAUUGAUUUGUAAUAUUUCGAUGUUCGCUAUUUACACUUUUGAGGCUCAAAAAGUCAUGGCUAAUCCGGUUCAAAGAGACUUCUAUGGCUUCAUUACAUGGGCAUUAAUUCAACGCGUAACAUUGCCAUUAUGCAUUUUCCAUCGUUUCCAUUCGGCUGUGACUCUUGCUGAGGUCUGGAAAACUACAUAUAAAGCACGUUUAGAGUAA